GCCCUUACCAUAUGAGAGACCGAUAUUCCACGUGUCAUGCUCUCCACCCUCCCUUCCCCGACGCCACUGGGAUUUUUCUUCCCGGCUUUUGAAAUCCCCGAAAAUAAAGACUUGGCGGAGAGCUUCCGAUUAUCCUCUCUGUCUCUGGAGAGCGAGCGAGGCUUUCUAGAGAGAGAAACAGCCAGGGAGGGAAGAAAUGGUGUAAUUAGGGUAAGUUAUAGCCUGGUCGAAUCGCAAUCGCCGGCGGCAAUCCAACAAUGGCGAUUGGCUCCCUUCUCUCCAACCGCUAUUUUGGUUCCUCCCUCGGUUCAGGAAAAGUAUUUCAAAAUGAACAACUGAGGGCACAAUACCAAGUAGAGUGGUCAGGCGUUGCUGGUCAACAGUAUGUUCAUACAAACAUGUUUAGUGAAAGUUUGUGUGUUCGUAUGGAAAGCCGGCCUUUACUUAGAUACUCAUAUAAUCCAGAUCUUAGUCUGAUUGGUUCUUCAAACUGUCGAUCUCUGAAAUUAAACGCAAUAUCCAACAAUGAAGGGAAGCAUGAUCUUUUGAUGCCCCAGCAACCUCACAAAAGGUUCCAGCAAAAUUAUAUUGGCCAAAGAGUUGCAGGAAGAUGUGCAUGCUGUCUUACUUCAGCUCCCUCUUGCUGCAAAUGGGUUCUACCAAGAAAGCUGGACAGGCUUGGGAUAAGUAACCGGAAACAACAAUUGUCAAAGCAUCUAAAGAUACAUAUGACCCGUGCUGACUAUAAAUCUGAAGAGUAUGACAUUACUGGAGCAAAUCUGGACUCAUUUGUGUCCCCAGAGGGGCCAAGUGAUGUUUUAAUGGAAGGCAUGGAGCAAAUAAAACCUUGGUGGAAGCAGUUCCCUAAGCGCUGGGUGAUUGUGUUGCUCUGUUUUGCUUCAUUUCUGUUAUGUAACAUGGACCGAGUGAACAUGAGCAUUGCAAUACUUCCAAUGUCCAAGCAGUUUAACUGGAACAGUGCAACUGUUGGUCUCAUUCAGUCCUCUUUCUUCUGGGGCUAUCUGCUCACUCAGAUUCUUGGAGGUAUCUGGGCAGAUAAAAUUGGCGGGAAAGUAGUGCUGGGUUUUGGAGUAGUCUGGUGGUCAAUUGCAACAGUUUUGACACCUAUUGCUGCCAGAGUUGGGCUUCCUUUCUUACUUAUCAUGCGUGCCUUUAUGGGGAUUGGUGAGGGUGUGGCUAUGCCUGCCAUGAAUAAUAUACUUUCUAAGUGGAUUCCUGUCUCAGAGAGAAGCAGAUCACUUGCUCUUGUAUACAGCGGCAUGUAUCUUGGUUCUGUUACAGGGUUGGGUUUGUCUCCCAUUUUAAUCCACAAUUUUGGCUGGCCGUCUGUAUUUUAUUCAUUCGGCUCCCUGGGUAGCAUCUGGUUUGCAUUAUGGCUGACUAAAGCAUAUAGCUCACCCAAAGAAGAUCCAGAGCUUAGUGAAGAAGAGAAAAGGCUCAUCUUGGACAACAGCAGUGCGAAGGAACCUGUAAAUGUCAUACCUUGGAAACUAAUUUUAUCAAAAGCACCUGUUUGGGCUCUCAUCAUCUCCCAUUUCUGCCAUAAUUGGGGAACCUUCAUUCUUCUCACCUGGAUGCCUACUUAUUAUAAUCAGGUGUUGAAGUUCAACCUCACUGAAUCUGGACUUUUAUGUGUAUUGCCAUGGUUAACCAUGGCUAUAUUUGCCAAUAUAGGAGGAUGGAUUGCCGACACACUUGUGAGCAGAGGCCUCUCCAUAACAACAGUUCGCAAGAUAAUGCAAUCAAUAGGGUUUUUGGGCCCCGCAUUUUUCCUUACACAGCUGAGCUCUGUAAGGACUCCUGCUUUAGCAGUGCUAUGCAUGGCGUGCAGUCAGGGAUCAGAUGCGUUUUCACAGUCUGGCCUUUACUCCAACCACCAAGAUAUUGGGCCUCGUUAUGCUGGAGUACUGUUGGGACUAUCUAACACAGCAGGAGUGCUUGCUGGUGUCUUUGGUACAGCUGCAACUGGCUAUAUUCUGCAAAAAGGCACUUGGGAUGAUGUUUUUAAGGUAGCUGUUGCAUUGUAUAUUAUUGGCACAUUAGUCUGGAACAUCUUUUCAACGGGAGAGAAGAUUCUAGACUAAGUUUAAUCAAGAAAGAAAGGGAGGAGAGAUGCAGCCUACAUAGCCAGAAGAGAUGAUAUAUACAUACAGUUAAAAAGCAUGCAUGGGAUGGGAAGAAUGUUGAGAACCCGCGUGGCAUGUUGCCGCUUUCAUACUUCUCUUACUAAAUUGUGAGGCCCUUAAUCUCCAGCUCCUGACAAUUUUGUGAGUUGGCGCCAGAAACCUUUUUUAAGGGCUGUCACUCUUGUGUUUUUAAUUCUAAAUUUAUAAAAAAAUAAAAAUAAAAAUCGGUAACUUACACCUCCCUAA